AUGAAACAAUGGGAAAACGCCCAGUCCGAACUCGCCCAUCCAUACUCCAUCCUCAAACCCAAAGUCAACAUCACCAUCGCCUCCCCCCAAGGCGGCGAGGCACCCCUCGACCCAGCCUCAACCUCAGCCUCCACGAAACCAGAACCCGCCUCCGACGAAGCCGAUGCAACGGACAUAUCCUCUAUAGCGCAGCACUGGGAGGCCUGGACGCACACAUACAGGAUCAGGGAGACGGUUGCCCGUGCAGGAGCGGGGGAGUUCGAUGCGGUGUUCUAUGUAGGUGGGCGCGGGGCGAUGUUUGACCUUGUAAGGGACGCGGCCUCGCUUGCCCUGAUACAGAAUAUGGCGGCGGCGGGGAAGCCCAUCGCGGCGGUGAGCCAUGGGCCUGCGGCGCUGCUGAAUGCGACGGCGCCGUCGGGCGUACCUUUGCUUUCUGGAGCACGGGUGACGGGGUUCUCGAGGGAGGAGGAGGAUGAAGCGGGAAUGGCGGCUGUUAUGCCGUUUCAGUUGGAGACGGAGCUGGAGCGGGUAUCUGGGGGUGGAUAUGUCAAGGCAGACCGAUCAGGGACGGAGAAGGUGGUUGUAUCUAGGACGGCCGGGUUACACUCGCCGCUGAUUACGGGGCAGAAUCCAGCCAGUGCGGCUGGGGUGGCUAGGGAGAUUCUGAGGGUGUUGGGGUGCGAUUGA